AUGUCGGCGCAAGGAUACUACCAAGGCGGCCAGCAGCCGCAGUACCCGCAGCAGUCCUACGGCCCGCCACAGGGACAAAUGAACUACGGCCCCCCGCCUCCACAGCAGCAGCAGUACUACCCCCCGCAGCAGCAGAUGGGCUACCAGCAGGGCCCCCCGCCCAAGCAGAAGAAGGACAGAGGCUGCCUGGGCAGCUGUCUGGCAGUGCUGUGCUGUUGCUUCGUGUGCGAGGAGGGCUGCGAGUGCUGCUUAGACUGCUGCGAGUGUGCCGAGGACUGCUGUUAA